UAUGAAAGUUAUUAAUUAUUUUAAACAUUCAAAUUAUAUAAAAAAGAAAAUCAGAGUGGACACGUUGGUUUCAAACCUCAUUUUCGAAACAAAAUAAAAUGGGGAAGAAAAGAUACAAUUUGAAAUCGAGAAAUGUUGUGGAAGUUGAAAUUGACAACUCUGGAACUAAAAAGAUCGCUUUGGACAUCAAACAUCAUGCAGAUGAUUAUGACAACUGUAACCCCUUGGUUCUUCCUAGCAAAAAGAGGAAAACAAAGAGCAAAGUUCAGAAAGUAACUGUAACUCGAUUGUUAUCGAAAAAACGUAGAAAGGAGUUGGAAAAAGUUGUGGAAAAGAAACAAAAGAAGUUGCAUAGGGCUACACUUUUGGAAGAAUUGGCAAAAGUACAAGCACCUCAACAUGAGUUGAAACAGUACGUAUCUUUAACAGCUGUGCAAACCAAAGGGUUGAAACGUCAUUUUAGAGAAGCAGAAUUACCUACGAAGGAAUACAAUGACAAAAUUGUCAAUGACAAUGAAAAUGAUGGCACAGAAGUAGUUAUAAAUGCUAUUAAAGGAAGGAAAAAGAGACUAGCCAUUUUAGCAGAUAGCAGAAAGAAUGAUGUUUGCUCUGAUCCAAACAUUGUUGGAUUUGAAGAAUCAAGUCACAGCGAGUCUGAAUUGAACGUCAAGGAUGAUGAAUCUGAGCAGGAAGAGAAUGCUUCAGAGAAUGAAAGUCAUCGUCAGACUGAAAACGUUGAAGAAAACACGAAGGAACAUUCUUGCGAGAAAGAAGAAGAGUCUUCGAAUAAUAAUAUCGUAACAGAGAAUAAUGUUCAAGAGAAAGAAAAGCCGCCUGUUGCUACUCUGAACAAGGACUCUUCAAAGUUGCAAGAGGCGGCAAAUAAAAAACCUGCUGUCUUUGUAGCUCUGCAGAGGAAGCCAGAGAUACAAGCAGCUAGGUUAAAGUUACCUGUUGUAGCGGAGGAACAAGUUAUCGUAGAGGCGAUCAAUGAGAAUCCUGUCGUGAUAAUCACUGGUGAAACGGGAAGUGGUAAGACUACCCAGGUGCCACAAUUUCUGUACGAAGCUGGCUAUGCUCGAGAGAAAUUAAUUGGCGUAACGGAACCUAGGAGAGUGGCUGCUAUGUCGAUGAGCAAACGCGUAGCCGAGGAGAUGAAUCUCACGGAAAAAGAGGUUUCCUAUUUGAUUCGUUUUGAGGGGAACGUAACGUCCGAGACAAAAAUCAAAUUCAUGACCGACGGUGUUCUGUUGAAAGAGAUACAGAGUGACUUUUUGCUCACUAAAUACUCGAUAAUAAUUCUGGACGAGGCCCACGAACGAAGCGUAUACACGGAUAUUUUAAUCGGUUUGUUAUCGCGGAUAGUACCACUGCGUAACAAGAAGAACAAUCCUCUGAAACUUGUAAUUAUGUCGGCUACCUUGAGGGUGGAAGAAUUUGUAGAGAACAAAAAAUUGUUUAAAGUGAAACCGCCGGUACUAACAGUGAAAUCGAGGCAGUUUCCGGUUACGAUACAUUUCAAUCGGAAAACAAACACCAACUAUGUUGCUGAUGCCUUGCGAAAAGCAGUAAAGAUUCACACUCGCCUCCCGGAUGGUGGUAUCUUAAUAUUUCUAACAGGGCAAAGGGAAGUGAAUUUUGUGGUACGAAAAUUACGCAAAGCGUUUCCCAUGAAGAGCAAAAAAGAGACUCGUAAGAAGCCACAGAAAUCACAAGUAAACGCGGACGUCGAGGAGAAAAAAAAAGAAGAAACUACCGAUAAGAGUGAUAACGAUGACUCCGAGGAUGAUUUUCGUUCCGAGAACGCAAUACGUUGCAACAAACUGCGAAAGAAGAAAGAAAUUCAAUUGCCAAACAUUAAUCUAGACGACUACUCUGUGAUUCCUGCCGACGACACGCACGAGGAUUUGGUUGAAGCGGAUGACGACGAAGAACUACAAUUAGACGAAGACGAAGAUGAGGACGAUGAUGUGAUUGACUUAAAGGAUUGCGCGAAUGCACAAUCAUUGUUUGUUUUACCGCUGUAUUCCCUAUUGCCAAGUUACAAACAAGCGAGGGUGUUCGAAUCACCGCCAGAGGAUUGUCGGUUAUGCGUCGUAGCUACAAAUGUAGCCGAAACUUCUCUAACAAUACCCAAUAUAAAGUACGUGAUAGACAGCGGACGAUGUAAAACAAGAAUGUACGAUAAAGUAACAGGCGUCAGUACGUACAAAGUCUGUUACACUAGCAAAGCAUCCGCUAAUCAGCGUGCAGGCAGAGCUGGCAGAACUGGUCCUGGCCACACCUACAGAUUGUACUCGUCGGCAGUAUUCAAUGACCAAUUUGAACAGUUCAGUCAGUCGGAGAUACAGAGGAAACCCGUGGACGAUUUGGUCCUGCAAAUGAAAGUAAUGAACAUUGAUAAAGUUGUGAAUUUCCCAUUCCCAACGCCACCGGACAUUGUACAAUUGCAAAUGGCGGAAAAACGACUGUUAAUUCUUGGUGCUUUGCAUCAGCCCCCGCCCGGCAAAGAAGGUUCAUACAGUGCCAAAAUCACGCCACUUGGUCACAGUAUUGCUGCGUUUCCGGUUGCUCCUCGUUUCGGAAAGAUGUUGGCUCUUUCUCAUCAGCAUAAUCUCUUGCAAUACACUAUCUGCAUGGUUGCAGCACUUUCCGUUCAGGAAGUGCUGGUGGAAGCAUACGAGUCGGAUGGAGCUUUCAAAAGCAAAUGGUCACAAAUGAGACGGCACUGGGCCGGAACUUGCAACAGUUUACUUCUCGGUGAUCCAAUGGUCUUGAUGAGAGCUGUGGGAGCCGCAGAAUAUGCAGGGACUAAGGGGAAGCUUCUCUCGUUCUGCGAAAAUCAUGGUUUACGGCAUAAAGCUAUCGUAGAAAUUAGGAAACUGCGACAACAGCUGACGAAUGAAAUUAAUCUAAACGUACAAGAUUUAAAUCUCACUAUAGAUCCACAAAUGGAACCACCAAACGAUACCGAAGCCAAACUGCUGAGACAAAUAGUUCUCGCUGGAAUGGCGGAUCAGAUUGCAAAGAAAGUAAUGCCAGACGAAAUUGGCGAAGAUCAAGACAAGAAUAAAUGGAAAUACGCUUACAAAACCUUGGAUAUGGAAGAUCCAGUAUUCAUGCAUUCGUCGUGCGUUCUCCGGAAGUCGUGUCCCGAAUGGGUGGUUUAUCAAGAAGUAUACGAGACGAAUAAAAUGUACAUGCGUGGCGUCACAGUCAUAGAACCAGAAUGGCUACCUAAAUUUACUCCGUCGUUGUGUCAGCUCGGAGAACCUUUGACCGAUCCACCACCGAGGUAUGACGAAGAGACGGGAAAAGUUAUGUGUUCCAUAACAGGAACGGUAGGAAGAGGUGGAUGGAAGCUACCAACAAUCAACAUGGAACAUCCUCUCACCGUGGAAGGAGUGAAGUGGUUUGCAUGUUUCUUUCUAGAAGGCAAAGUUUGUCCAAAAUUAAAACGAUUCGUGCCUUCGCUCUUAUCCACUCCACAAAGUAUUAACAAGUCAUGGGCCAAAUUAAUACCACGAACACAAGAAAUGACUCGGCUCUUAAUGUCUCGUGCGAUCAUGUCGAAAGAAAAGUUAUUAGAAACUUGGAGGGCAGAUGAAAGUUUUCUUCUGUCAGCCUAUCAAAAAUGGCUGCCAGAAUCGGCUCAUGGACAAGUCACGAUCAUUUGGCCGCCUGUAUAAUAAAUCAUCUGUCGAAA